GUCUAUUUUGGGAGAACCCGAAUCAAUUUCAGGUCCGGAUCCCUACGGUCUGGCCGUCUGGGGCUGUGCCAAAGAGAAGUGUUUGACAGUUUCACCAAUUUCCGGCAGCGGCAAUAUAUUUCCGUAGCACGAGGUCAAAGAGUUAAGAAUCUCCCAACAUUUCCGUCGAUGGCUAUCCUACUUGGUCAUGUUUCAUCACCGUCGGUGCUACUUGCUCCUCCCUCUUCUGCAAUUUGGAAUAUUCGUCGGAAUUUGAAUACUAGUUUUUCCCCAAGAGCUGUUGGGGUUAAAGCAUGUUUUUUCAACCCUAUCCCAGAUCAACCUAUCAUCAAAGAAGCUCUCAAGGAACCUGUUGCUUUCAUGGGAGGGAUGCUUGCUGGCCUUUUAAGAAUUGAUCUGAAUGAAGAUCCUCUCAAGGAAUGGGUUACUAGAACUGUGGAGGCUACCCAAGAAAUUCAUCAAGCCACUGAAACCCAAGCAGAAGACACCCCACUACAGAUAGAAAUCGAAUGACUUUAUUGCAAGUGUAAACCUCAUGUAUCAUUUGUGCUUAUGUUUUUAUCUUUGACUAAUAAAUAAUACUUCCUCUUGUUCAUGACUUCUCAUGUUUUAAGAUAAAAACUUUUUGCUUUUGAUUUCAUAUUACACUCUUUACUGCCGAUGCAUUACCC